GUCGCUGGCCCGUGAGCUUCCCGUCGACCACCACAAGCUACUGUGGGUUGAUGCCGCGGAUAAGAGAGGAGAGGAGAAGACAGGAGACGGCCACCCCCACGCCCACCCGGCUGCUCUGCUCUGCUCCGCCGCCAAACUCCGAUGCCGAUGCUGUCGCCGCACCUCCCCUUCCUCUCCUUUCCCAAACCCCUGGUACCACCACUCGCCGUCCCCAAGCCCCACACCCACCGCCCCCUCCUCCCCUCACGCGCACGCGCCGCCCCCUCCUCCAACGCUGCAUCGCCGCCCCCUCCUCCUAGCACGUCUUCUCCUCCACCCGACGGUGUGGGGCCCGCAGCGCCCACCCGGGGGGACCGCUUCAUCGGCCGCCAGCUUGCCGCCGAGGCCGCAGCGCGCGUGCUCGCACCGGAGGACGCGGAGAGGCGCCGCCGCCGCAAGGAGAAGCGCCGGGCCCUGGCGCAGAAGCCCUCCGGCCUCGCGUCCUGCUACGGCUGCGGCGCGCCGCUGCAGACAGCGGAGGAGGGCGCCCCAGGCUACGUCGACCCCGCGGCAUACGAGCUGAAAAAGAGGCACCGUCAACUAAGAACCGUUCUAUGUGGAAGGUGUAAGUUGCUGUCUCAUGGGCAUAUGGUGACUGCUGUUGGUGGUCAUGGUGGUUAUCCUGGGGGCAAGCAAUUUGUUUCCGCGGAAGAACUCAGGGAGAAGCUGUCAUACCUCCGUCAUGAGAAAGCAUUGAUAGUGAAAUUGGUUGACAUAGUUGACUUCAAUGGAAGUUUCCUGGCACGAGUACGUGAUUUUGCUGGUGCUAAUCCUAUUAUACUUGUGAUAACAAAGGUUGAUCUCCUUCCUAGAGACACUGAUUUGAAUUGCAUAGGCGACUGGGUUGUCGAGUCAGUUGUCAAGAAGAAGCUUAAUGUCCUUAGUGUACAUUUGACAAGCUCAAAGUCAUUGGUUGGCAUCACAGGGGUUAUAUCAGAGAUUCAGCAGGAAAAGAAGGGCCGAGACGUGUAUAUACUGGGCUCAGCAAAUGUUGGGAAAUCUGCAUUUAUCAGUGCUUUACUAAAAACAAUGGCGUAUAAGGAUCCGGUGGCAGCUGCAGCUCAAAAAUACAAGCCAAUACAGUCUGCUGUUCCUGGAACAACCCUUGGCCCUAUUCAAAUCGACGCAUUUUUAGGAGGCGGGAAAUUAUAUGAUACACCUGGUGUCCACCUUCACCAUAGGCAAGCAGCAGUUAUACAUGCUGAUGAUCUGCCUUCUCUUGCACCACAAAGUCGUCUAAGGGGGCAAUGUUUUCCUGCUAAUGAUACAGAUGUUGAAUUGAGUGGGAAUUCAUUAUUCUGGGCUGGGCUAGUCCGUAUUGAUGUUGUCAAGGCUCUUCCACGCACACGACUGACAUUCUAUGGACCCAAGAAGCUAAAGAUUAAUAUGGUCCCAACCACAGAAGCAGAUCAAUUUUACAAGAGUGAAGUUGGAGUUACAUUGACCCCCCCUACCGGUAAGGAGAGAGCUGAAGGAUGGGCAGGGCUUGAGGGUGUUCGCGAGUUGAAUAUAAUAUAUGAAGAACUUAAUAGACCUGCUUGUGACAUUGCGAUCUCCGGGCUUGGGUGGAUUUCGGUUGAACCAUCAGGUGUGCCAUCAAUCAACCCCGAUGACAAUGUUGAGGGAGAAUAUGACAACGGUGAGCUGCAUUUGACGGUACAUGUACCCAAACCAGUUGAGAUCUUUGUUCGUCUGCCAUUGCCUGUUGGUAAAACAGCAUCACAAUGGUAUCGAUAUCAGGAGUUGACGGAGGAAGAAGAGGAGUUAAGACCUAAAUGGCAUUACUGAUGCUGCACUUUGUUGCCUAUUUUUGUAGUACUAAUUUAGUGUGCUAGUACAUUUUGUGUAAUCCAAAUAGAGCACAAACUUAUGCUCUCAGAUAUUGGGAUGAGCAAUGCUAGGAUCAGCUGAAAAAAAGGAUUCGGGAAACAUUUGGGUGUAGUUGCAGAGAUUGAGUUUCAUAAUGAAAUUUUCUACAAUGGUGUUUAACGCAAAA